AUAAGUCGAAGAAAUCGUCAACCUGCAGAAAGCCCUACAGAAUCUGCAACAAAACCUCCAAUAAGUCGAAGAAAUCGUCAACCUGCAGAAAGCCCUACAGAAUCUGCAACAAAACCUCCAAUUUAGGAUCUAUCCAUUCAAUCCUUUCACAUCAUUUUACACUGCCCUAUGUGUAUAUCACACGUUGAUUCCGCGUUGACUUCCUAAGAGCGGAAACUGGACUGCUGCAUACAGAAUUCCGGCGGUGAUGCCCUCAAUGCAGGCAAAGGUGGUGCCAGCGAGGGAACAGCAAUCCGAAUGAUGGAGGUUUGAUGUCUAAUGCAUCGAUCGCCAGGAGUGCUCAUUGCAAUAGCUGCUCGACAAGUUUGUUCUGUCGCUGUAUAUCUGUUUGGUCUUACCGACUUUUUUCAGAACGCAAGACUCGUGAGCAAGAUGGCCGUGCGUGCAGUUAAAGAUAUUUUGUACAAUAUCCAAAUCUUGGGGAGUCACAGCGAUCGUGAUGCUUGUCAUGAGGUGACCGUUGAAAUUCCAAAGGUAAUGGCCCAAUUAGUGGAAGCUGUCUAUAAACUUUGUGCACACUCGGGAAGGGAGGACGAGGUGAAAUGGAUGUGGGAGGAAGUUGGGUACACCAAGAUGAGUUGGGAAUCACUAGGCAUCAUGCAACCCCAGUUGUGGUACGCGGUCUUCGAGAAACGCCCGUAUUGUAAAUACACCAGAGCGCCUCAAGUCGUGAUCGCUGUAAGAGGAACGAAAUUUACCGACAUUAAUGACCUCAUAUCGGACGUAAGGGUGAUUGGACAGAAUCUGGAUGGUGACAAACGAUACGAGCAUCUGCAGAAGGUGUCGGACAAGGUUGUGGAGAAGUACGGCUGCGAAAAUGUUUCGAUCACAGGGCACUCCUUGGGUGCAGCUUUUGGAAUCCUGGUGGGCAAGGUGUUGGCGAUGAACAACCGGCCAGUGGAGACCUUCUUAUUCAACCCGCCCUUCGCCUCAUUGGACAUCAUCAGUAACAAAAGUGUUCGCCAGGUGGAGAAGAUCUGUAAGGCUAUGCUUCUUGCGAUACAUUCGCUUGUAAUCGAGUUCGAUUGUACCACUCGAAAGCGGCUCAUCUUAAUUCGGAAAGAGUACUUGGGAGAGGGGCAAUGCGAGUGGACGCCGCGCCUUUUCCUCAACAACGGCGACCUCCUCAGCAAAGGCUACAUCAAUCGAUAUGUCUCCGAGACAGCGGAUUCAAGGCACUAUUUCAUGACUGGGUGGCUCCCUAUACCCUGAUGUCGCUGAUAACUAAUAAUAAACCGAAGCAUCUACUGCACAGGGCACACUUCAGUAUUGCCAGCGCCAGAAGAACUGUUGGCGAGUCACACGCCUUGGAGCAGUGGAGCAAGGAACCGAAGUGGGAGAGCGGAAACGCCGUGACCAAGCUGGACUUUGGUUGCCAAGUUUUUCAGCGCAUUUACAACCUGCGAAGGGAGUACAUCCCAGUCACCGAUUCAGAUGUAAAAGUGAUGGUAUACAGCCAGACCACAAGUUCCACUGUUGGUCAAGCUAUUGCUUCGACAAUAACCCUCGGACGGGCCACCAACAGGGAGAAGCAGGUCAUUUUCCUAUUCAACACUGAACAAGAUGCACAGAUUGCGGAGAAGUUAUGGCCCGAGUGUAUGAGAAAUUUUGAUUUCGGCAACCGCAUAGCCCAGGCCCAGUCCUUUGAGUUCCGGCGUGAGAAGGUCCGAAAGGGCGACUACACCUUCUACAUCUACGCUGUCAGGAGCAGGCAGGCCAAAUUCCAUCGGGAACUCGAAUGGAGGAACAUUCUACAAGAGUUUGAACUGAUGAAAGAUAUUACUAAUUGGAUUAGAUCCAUUCAACUCGCGGCCCUCACAAUGGCAGUACUCUUGUGACUGCCACACGUUUACACUCCAGACUACUUUGUCGGCAGCUUGACUGCUAGGUUGUCUUGUCGUGAAGUGGGUUGCUUUGAUAUGUCAAAGCUGCAUGUUUGUAUAACAUGAACAACUGAUUAGUGCAUUGAAGUUUCGGUAUUGAUAGUUAGGACCUAGACUCACCCGACUAAUGAACACUCAGACGCUGUGCAUGUCCGAGGAUCCCGAGGGCACGUCCUUGGAUCAGCAACCAUUUGUGUGCACUCGGUGCUGAAUUCUCUGAGAUCAGUGUUCUUCAGUGCAGUGGUGGCUAGAUCAAUGGUGAAGUCAAGCUCUGCAUGUUGUGAAGAAAUUGUCUGUAAUAUCUUUUUGGCUA